AUGGAAGAGCCUAAGGAAACUUCACAGAACUGCAAGAAAAACAACAACGCCAAAGUUUCCUUUUCAACUGUCGAGCACCAGUGGAGUGAUUGUGUGUUCAUCAGUUCUGGUGUAAAUGUCUCUCUGUCCUGUAAUAAUGCUCUUCCUGACUGCAAAUCAACUUCAUGGAUCUACUCUAACAUAUUCAGACAUUCAGGAGCAGUUAAACUGAUUACUGGAGGGAUAAAGAAUAAAGACACAGAGAGACAUGAGAGACUGAGUCUGGAGUCUGACUGCUCUCUGAACAUCAAGAACGUCACAGGAGAAGAUUAUGGAUAUUACAGAUGCAGACAAUAUGUGAAUGGAGAACAACAAGGACCUGAUGCUGAUGUUUAUCUGCAUGUUCUUCAUGUGUCUUCAUCAUCGUCAUCAUCAUCAUCAUCUUCAUCUUCAUCUUCAUCCUCACAGACUGAGAUCAGUCCAGGCCGCUCUGUGACUCUCUCCUGUCAGUUGUAUUUAUAUACUAGAUUCUCCUGUGAUGAUUGGGUCCGUUCUGCGGGAGUUGAGCUGUUGUGGGUGAAUCAGGCUGGUGUUGAUCUGAAGACAGACUCCAGAUAUCAGAUAUUAUCAUCAUCAUCAUCUCCAGAUCACUGUCUCAUCACUCUGACUACAACACUCCUGGAUGAAGAUGCCAACAGAGAGUGGAGAUGUCAGCUUACUCACAGAAAGCAACUCCAGACCUCAGUCAGAUACACUGUCAAGUAUUCAGCUCAAGCUGAUUCAACGACAGCAGUGAAUCCAGUCCACAUCACACACUCUCAGGAUCACUCAGUGGUGUAG